UAAAGUGUGUCUCACUCGCGAAAAUUUCAUGUAAUAAGGUAGCUGGAUUUUACCGACAAUAUUCGUGUAAUGGUUCUAUUUAUUCUUUCACUACCCCGACGGCUCAAGAUAGAUUUUAAAGGCAUUUUCUUUCCGCGUAUUUGUUUUACUCCUCAGCACAUAUGUGCUGUCAAUUUCUAAAAAUAGACGUUACGUACAGUACUAUUGGGGUGUCCCAGUUUCCCAUUCGUGCCGUACAAAAGCAAUAACAAUGCAAAUUAAGGGACGGUGGAAGGCGAAGCAGCGUUGAAUUUUGCGAUUUCUUCUCGCUAACUGUUGAUGAUCUUCAGAAAUAACUGUGAUUGUUUAUGGAAUUUUGAAAAGCUGCUGGCUGUCUGAAUGCGGGAAAGUGAAAUAGUCUGAAUAGUGCGAAUCAGCGAUGGAGUUCAACCGUCAAGGGUCGCACGAGUGCCCAGAUUCAGAGAGAAAGCAGGGUCAGUUAUUGAGUGAGAAGCUGUUUUAUUCUGGAGAGAAAGGAGAUGUGAACAGAUGUUGGGAAUUAAUAAGAAAUGGGGCAGAUGUCAACUGGAGAGCAGGCAGUGAUUUAUGGUUCAGGACUCCACUGAUGCAAGCAGCAAAGAGUGGAAUGACUGAUGUAUGCAAGUUGUAUAUAGAACAUGGUGCUGACGUUGAUGUCUGCACAGUGAGUAAGUACACAGCAUUAAUAUUAGGAGCACGAUAUGGCAAGACUGAAGUAUGUCAACUGCUGUUAUCCAAAGGGGCUAAUGUCAAUAGUCAAACAAAGGAAGGUGAGACUGCGUUGAUGUGGGCAGCCCAUAAUGGUCACUGUGAAACCUGCAAGUUGCUCUUGGAGUCUGGAGCCAAAAUUGACCUCCAGGAUGUUUAUGGCUUCACAGCACUGAUUCAUGCUGCUAGAGAUGGUCAUAUGGACACUUGCAUUGUUCUUUUGGACUUUGGAGUAGAUGUGAAUGCUGUAUCCAAGCUUGGGAACACGGUAUUACUAACAGUACUUUUGAUAUGAAACCUGAGUUAGUGGCCACUUUGGGAUACUGAAGCCCUUACCAGGCAGUGUACUUAAGAUCACAAUAAACUUGAUUUCGCAACCCCGUUCUAGACUUGGUGUUAAAAACGCCUAAUGUAAUCACCCAAUCUGCCCAUUAUCCCUUCCCCCUAUUUUCCAUAAAGAAACUUUUUCACUGUUAAUAGAAGUCCAACAUAAGCUAACCAAACAAGUAUCUAACUAGUCACUUGACUUCUGAGUUUCAAUUUCAGAAUAGAGCCCUGGGUAAAGAACCCUGUUCUAGAAUUGUUUAUGUACUGGCCACUUUAUUGGUACAUUAUACCCUAUUCGAGACCAAAACUGUCUGAUUUCUAUACCCUAUCCCAGACUAAACUGCCUGAAAACCCCUUCACAGGAGCACAUGCCCAUAUAGUUUGUAUAUUGGAUUACCCUUCCC